CAAAGCCGCCAUUUUUACAUCACUCGAACCGUUCAAUGGAAAAUAUCUAUUUCCGCUUUGAUUGCCGAAGAGCUUGUGUUUUUCUUGUGCCGGAUUAAAAAAUUACAAGGCCUGGAAAAUUAUGGUCGGUUCAAGGGUUUACGUCGGUGGGUUACCGUAUGGAGUUCGUGAAAGAGAUUUGGAGCGCUUUUUUAAAGGUUAUGGACGAACGCGCGAUAUUUUGAUCAAGAAUGGAUAUGGCUUCGUUGAAUUUGAAGACUACAGAGACGCCGAUGAUGCUGUCUAUGAGUUAAACGGGAAGGAAUUAUUAGGCGAGAGCAGAGUGGUGGUUGAACCGGCAAGGGGUACGGCUCGUGGCAGUCAUAGAGACCGAUAUGACGAUCGAUAUGGGAACCGCCGUGGUGGCGGUGGCCGGUAUAAUGACAAAAACAAAAAUUCCAGAUCAUCUUCUCGUUAUGGACCGCCGUUACGUACCGAGUAUCGCCUAAUUGUGGAGAAUUUGUCAAGCCGCGUCAGUUGGCAGGAUUUGAAAGACUACAUGAGACAAGCUGGAGAAGUUACUUACGCUGAUGCUCACAAGCAACGCCGCAAUGAAGGUGUUGUCGAAUUCGCUUCAUUAUCGGAUAUGAAGACUGCUAUUGAAAAGUUGGAUGACACCGAGCUGAAUGGCCGGCGUAUACGUUUGGUUGAAGAUCGUCGUGGCGGACGUGGCGGCGGUGGAGGACGCGGAAGGUCCCGUUCCUCCAGCUCCCGUUCGCGAUCCCGCUCUCGCAGGCGCUCGCGAUCCAGAUCACGCCGAUCUUCGCGAUCACGCUCAAAGUCUCGUAGCCGUUCCAAGUCGCGGGGUGCACGUUCAAAGUCGAAGUCUCCAGUGAAGUCACGUUCUCGGUCUCGUUCAAAUAAAUCCCGAGAACUGUCCAAGUCCAAGUCUAAAUCGCGGUCUCAUUCGCGCUCUCGCUCUCCUAAACGUGAUUCACGAUCACGUUCGCGUUCAAAUUCAAAGCGUGAGUCACGUUCGCGCACCCGUUCCAAGUCAAGGAGAGAUUCUCGUUCACGCAUUUAAUUUCGAGUACUACUUUGGUUAAAUUAAUCUAACUUGUGUCAUCACUACCUUUUUCAAAAUUCCAAAGAAAGAUCCCUGCUAAUUUUAACAUUUUUUUUUAUGUUCGUGAUGUUUCAGUGACCGCUCUGCCUCACCAGACAACAAAUCUCGUUCCCGUUCGCGGUCAGCUUCUCCAAAGAAUGGAAAUCCCUCACCUGACAGAAAUGAGAGUAUGGACGAUUAGGCAAAAACUUAUAUUUUCAGUCGUAUGCUAUCUUUAUUAAAGUCCUUCAUCCGACUAUCUUUUCCCAAAUUUUUACUAAAUUCAACUAUGAGUAUGUAACUUUUAUGUAUGAAAUUAUAUAUAUGUAUGUAGUUUUCCACAUAAAAAUAUUCAAAUAAACACUAAUUUUAAUUUA